CAUUUCACAUGUCUUUGUUUACAAACAUCAAAAUUAAUCAUUGAAUAUUCAGGAUUUUUCAAAAAUAAAUAAAUUAAUCGUCACAAAUGAAACAAUACAAAAUGGCAUCCAUAUCGAGUCCCAGCAUAAUAAAGCAGCCGUUGAAGUUCAUCAAAGUUCCCUUGGAAAAGUUUUCUGAUGAGGUGAUUCCACACCACCAAAGAAUUUUAGAGCAGCACAAAGCUUUUAUCCAAAAAUUAAUAGCGGCUAAUGAUGUAAGGCAGUUAACCAAAGAAGUUAAAGACAAGAAGAGGACAAUUAAGCAGUUACGAGAUUUAUUAUAUGAAUUGGACACUUUACGAACCCAAGUACAAGACAAUGACUUAGAUGCCUUCGAUACUCACACAAUGCCUUUAAGGAGCAACAUACUUAAAAUUACCAAAGCAUAUCAGGAUCUGGAGAAAAAUGUAAACAAAGUACUAGCUAAGAGCCAACCAUCCUCAGAAGACACCUCGCCUGAUGAGAGAAUUAAUCCUUUUGAGGGUGCCUCCCAAAUUCAAAUUAAAGCUGAUUUAAAUGAUUUAAAGCUUGAAGAAGCCCAAGCAAGGUUAAAUAGGGUUGAGGAAAUUCAAAGGAACGCAGAAGACUUGGAAGAAAUUCAUAGGGAUUUGCAUAGCAUGGUAAAAGACCAAGGAGACCAAAUAAAUGAGGUGGAAAUAAAUGUUGCCUCUGCGCAAGAGCAUGUUUAUGCAGGCUUUAAGGAUAUUGUUAAGGCUCACAAGUUAAACGCGGUUGCCUAUCCAGCUACAGGUGCAUUCGUAGGUACCCUAAUAGCCGGCCCCAUAGGUCUUAUAGCCGGCCUAAAAGUGGGUGGAUUGGCGGCUUUGGGGUGCGCCUUUGCCGGAUACGCCGGAGGGAAAUUCUUAAAAAAGCAACGGGAAAUCGACAUUAAUGAGGCGGACCACGUGGUCAAUAAUGAAAACAACGAAAACCAGACCACAGUUACCGAGAGCGAGAAAAAAGAUAUUUGACAGCCAAAUAGAUGUUAUUUAUGCUAAAUAAAGACAAGUAGAGUAACAUA